CCAUCAGGGUGGGAGACGUUUCUACCCAAAAAGCUCCGAAAUAACAUCUCUCCUGCUGAUCAGGCAUGGAUUGCACAGUGUCUAUAUGACCACAAUGGAAGGCUAAGAGAGACUCUGCCAAACCAAAAUUGGUAUCACCCCCCGAGUCCCCACGUGGCAAUGAGUGUCCCCCCAGAUCCUCACCAAUACUUCCGGCAGAGGAUGUUCUUAUGGGCGCCAAUGAGAAUGUGGAGGAUACCACUCAACUGCCCCAAGUGUCAACUACAGCUGUCUCAUAGUGGGAUAUACACAAGGGCACGUGAGGUUGUAGACAUUGACUCAAGAUACUACCUGGUGAGCUUGGAUUACCCAAGGUGCAACCACUGCAAGGUCCCAUUUUGCCCUUGGAGCUCAGAUAUUCUGAAUCAACUCGACCCGUACCACAGAAGUUUGUUUCCUGCUGUGCUGACGAAGUACCAAGCAUUAGAUAAGAAAUGCAUAACGCUGAUGAAGCCACGCACGCAAGGGAACAGUUCCAGUCUCACUCAACAAGCGCUUGAAGAGGUUCACAGUGAGGAAUGGGGUAGGAGGUGCCUGCAGUAUCUCUCCGAUUGUGAAAUUCACAAGAAAGGCGCAAGACUGACAGGACUACCAUGUGACACUGUGUACCAAGCACCACCUGCAUACCGUCCUCUUCCACUGGCCCAAUGGUUCGAGGCUGCCCAUACAAACGAGAUCUUCGGACACGAAGAUGAGAUGAGGGCUAUUAUCACCAGCACCUACGGACGAGUGUUGAAGCUAGACUCAACGAAAAAGGUCACAAAGAAGUUGGCGGGAGAUGUUGCCUGUUCGGCCUCAUGGAUGACCAACAUCUCGAAUGAGACCGGGGAAGUCCUAAACUCAGUCCUGACAACCGGUGAGGGGGCAGGGCUGCAGGAGGUCUGUCAAGGCAUUGUCAGACGGUACAGCACUGCCAGUGAACCACCCCCCGAUGUAAUAUAUGUGGACCGUGACUGCUGCAGCCAGACAGGUGACCCCCCUGUUCUGAAGUUGUUCCAGCCAUGGAGAUGCCAUGUGAAGCUUGACAUCUUCCACUUUCUCAGACGCUUUUCCAAGGGGCUCACAACCGAACAUCAUCCACUAUAUGGCACCUUUUGUUCGAAGCUCAGCAGCUGCCUGUUUGUAUGGGACAAAGGUGAUUACGAGCAGCUAAGGGAGGCCAAGAGAGGGGAGCUACGGAACAAGAACGCGGGUCAGCGCCCAAGCGAGAAACAAGUGACAGCAGCAAUCACAGCAAAUGAGCUGGCGAGGCACUGUCGGAGGAUGACGCGGCCAGUGGAACACAUCCGGCAGCUGAUCAACCAACUUCUGAAGGAGAUGUGGGAACUGACGGAUACCUCAGGUGUUCCCCUGAUCAGUAAGAAAACCAUGGAAAACGUGUGGGCAGUGCAGCAAAAACACCUGCCAUGUAUCGUGGACCCCCAGGGAGUCAACCUCUACACAAUCACUGGCUACCUGGAGAAAGGUGGGAAGAGGUUGAAGGUCCUCCGAUGUGCCAGAGGCUCAUCGUCAGUGGAGUCAUUCCACAGGCACCAAUGUGCCUUCAUCCCUGGAUGGCGAGCCAACGCGUGCCAUACCCAGAUGUAUAUGAUCGAGGGGGGAAGCAGGUGGAACAUCAACAGGGCAAGGGAGGCAGUGCAACGACCAGUCACAUCUAAGACCAGACUGUAUGAUGUUCGUCUAAUGUCUAACAUCAACACCAUCAGUCAAAGGGUCUUGGGUGUGAAGCUCCUUCCAGAGUUUAGUCCACCAGGAAAGCCCACUGAUGAGCUCAUGGCCAUUCAGUAUCUGCUGGCCCAGUCUGCUAGAGGAGACUUGACUGCAUCAGUAGUAAGAGAUGACGAUGUUGGCAGUCUCCUCCCUGAACUAGUCUUGGAAGAGGCGGAUGAAGAAGAUCUACUCGAUGUCACAGUGUGCUUGGCUGAGCACAUAUGGUCAGGAAACCAAGUGACUGGAGUUAUCGAACCUACUGCCAGUCGCAGAAAAGCUUCGGCUUCUGCGACGAGAGACCACACUGCCAGUGCUACAUCCUCUGCGACGAGAGACCACACUGCCAGUGCUACAUCCUCUGCGACGAGAGACCACACUGCCAGUGCUACAUCCUCUGCGACGAGAGACCACACUGCCAGUGCUACAUCCUCUGCAACUACCAGUCAAGAUGCCCAAGGGAGUCGUGAUGAUGCUCAAGGGGUUCCAGGGUGGGAUGCUGUGGAUAACCUUGCAGCCUACCUGCUGAGCCUUGACCUCUCCGCCACAGCUCUGUCAGCAGCAGAGGCAAAGAACAUUGUGGCAUUGUAUGCCAAACUGUCUGACUACAAGUGA